AUGUAUAAUUUAAGGAAGGGGUCCAAGACAUCCCGCUUGAAAGGGAUCGAUGAGUUUCUGUCCAUCGAGAAUCAAUCUGCUGGACAGGAAGAGGAACAGACAGCUGAGCCUGCUCCAGGGGAAGAGCAACGAGUGGUUGAUCCUCCCGUGACAAGGGCAGCGGGGAAAAGGAAACUCUCUGCAGAUGAAGCCGGCCAGUAUGAUAAGCAGAUCCGUCGGAAACUGCUGGUGGAUUCUCCCCCCAAAGGCCAACAAAAGUCCAAGUUUAUGGCUGAUGCCCUCAAAGCAGCUGAAGAUGACGAACCACAGGAAUCAUCUGUGGCUGCAUUAAUAUCACAAGCUGGUGAUUUAAUGCCUAGUCCUACAACGGGACCUAUGAAAAGACCAGCUGCAGGUGCAAGUCUCCCUGAGCCCUCAGCUACCCGGGAUGAUGAGGAGCGAGUUGAUUAUGAAGACUCCUCGAUUGGUGAUGCAGCUGACGAAGAUAGAGGUGAUGAGGAUGCUGACGCUGGCAACAUGUCUGGUGGUGGUGAAGACGAUGAAGAGCAUGAUUCCAUAGAUGACAUCACCACUUUUGAUGAUGCUCCUAAGGUUCCCUCUGAUAAAGUAUCUGGUUAUACACCGUUUCACAUCUCCGGUUCACCUUCUCCAGGGACUACUGCUACUGCUGCUUCUGAGCCAGAACCUGCUCAGGUGUCGGCUCCUUUAGAAGAGCAACAUUUACCUGGCUCUCCUACG